CUGGGAAACUCCAGUACUCCCAACAGCACGCCGCGAGUUAGUUCCUCUUGGCCAUUUUCUGUAAGGCGCACACCGGGCUGGCCCGUCGGGCUUCUUUUCGGCGGUGUUCCGCUUCCACGGGCUUGAAAGCCCGGGGCCUGAAGGAGGCGUGAGAAAGUUGAGUAGGGGAGUUCAUCGCCCGAAUCGAGACGGUUUCGAAGAAGGAUGAGUGCUUCCGCAGCGUACGAGGGAAGGCGGCGAGUCGGCUGGAGCGCUCCAGUGUAACGUUAUGGUCGUGCAGCCCUUUGUCUGCGGGAGCUCGCUUGUGCCGUGCGAGAGAGGUGCGUGAUGGCGGAGCGGGGUCUGCAUUAGGACAGACUGCAACAGAGAAGCGCCGGCGCCACACGCAGCCUCCCUUCCUCCGGAACGAGCGGCUGACAGGCGGGCGAGCGGGCAGGAAGGACUGUACACACCGGCGACAACAGCUCACCGACGACCGGGAUCCCCUCCCCCCCCUCUGGUCGCCCCCUCCGCCCCUUUUUUUAUUUUCAUGUUGUCAUUAAGUCCCCUUCUCCACUUCUGCUGUAACCCUGCUAUCCCGAGGAGAUUGAUCGCGAGCCAAACAAGAGAAACCGCAUGAACCGCAUCCAUCGAGGAGUCGCCAGCAGAAAUGCAUUUAGAGGAGGAGGAGGAGGAGGAUAAAGGGUAGCGGACGAAAGAGCAGAAAACGAAAACACAAAAAAAAUGAGCGAGAGAAAAAACGUAGCCAUCUUCAGCGGCUGCUUCAUCGCCAUGGCAAAUUUUAUUUCUGCAAAACAAUAGAGGUUUUCUUCUACGAGGAGGAUGUCAGAUUAUGCUUUGUGUUCUUGAAUCUUGGAUUUGGAUUAUACGGAAGAAGGCAGAGUUGUAUGAAUGAACAACGAAGGGAACCAAAAACCCAAUGAGGCAGGCCCUCAGUGCUCUGCGGGUUCCAUGUCCUCAUUAAUGGCGGUCAAGUCUGAAAUCGGUGAGGACUAUAACUUUCCAGAAGCUUCCUGGCAAGUGGAUACCAAAGACAAAGAAAAUAAUAGCAAAAAUAGUAGUGGGGACCUACCUGCAGAGAUAUGUGUUGUAAUUGGCGGGUCUAGGAACUCACAAACAAUUGGGUCGUAUGUUUGUGGAGUCUGUGGGAAGAAGUACAAAUACUAUAACUGCUUUCAGACUCAUGUCCGAGCACAUACGGAAACGGAACCUGGAGCAGGUGAAGGCGGUUCCCAGGGAGUAAAUAAUAAUUUUAGGUAUGCCUGUGACAUCUGUGGAAAGAAAUAUAAAUACUACAGUUGUUUCCAGGAGCACAGAGAUCUACAUGCUGUGGAUGAUCCAUAUGAUCAGGCUGUUAUUCGAUUUGAUGAUCCUAAAGAAGAGCCAGUGGAACCUUUCCAAAAAAUAGGACCAAAAUCUGGAAAUUAUGUGUGUGAAUUCUGUGGCAAACAAUACAAGUACUUUAAUCCAUACCAGGAACAUGUUGCAUUACAUGCACCUCCAAAUAAAGCAGGUUGGUCUGCUGAGAAGCAAGCGUCCUUUUCAAAGUUACGUCUUGUUGGCAACAACAAACAUGGAGCACCAAAACCCGAAUACAACCGAAUGGACACAGCUUUUUGCCGGAAAGUUGAAAACAAAAUUCCAAACAGUGUGGAAGAAUCCAAUAGCUCCCGAAAUUCAAAUGAACCAUAUACAUGUGGUGCGUGUGGCAUUCAGUUCCAGUUCUACAACAAUCUUUUAGAACACAUGCAGUCCCAUGCAGCGGACAAUGAAAACACUGUUGGAAAGCAGCGCAAAGCCUCCCCUGUGUCAGCACCUACACCAUCUCCAGCGUCUGCCCCAGUUCCUGCGUCAGCCCCAUCUCCAGCCACAACACAGUCACCAGCUCUGUCUCUACCCUCAGCUUCUAAUGAAAAGCAAUGGAAAUACACACUCCAAAGAAAUCACACCACCAACUCCAACAGUUCUUUACCAGAGAAGGAACGACAGCAGAUUGCAGAGAGACUUGUAAAAGUAAUGUAUUCAGAUUUAGGAGCCAUAAGCAUCCUUAAUGGAAAGGAUUUCAUGAAACUGGCACAAACAUUGAUUGAUAGUGGAGCACGUUAUGGUGCUUUCUCUGUUAGAGAUGUGUUGGGAGACAUGAACAUGCUAGCAUUGAAGCAUUUACCUCGAAUGUACAACCAGGUCAAAGUAAAAGUGACCUGUGCAUUGGGAAGCAACACUUGCCUGGGUAUUGGCGUCACAUGUCACUCUCAGAAUGUUGGUUCUGACUCAUGCUAUGUGCUGACAGCAUACCAGGCAGAGGGAACACAAAUGAAGCGCUAUGUGUUAGGCAUCAAAGACGUGGAUGUUAAAGAAGGCAGUGAUCAGGUCCAUCACUGGGUACAGAACGUGCUGUCUGAAUUUAUAAUGUCUGAGAUCCGAACAAUCUAUGUGACAGACUGCAAAGUGAGCUCAGCAGCAUUUUCUAAAGCCGGGAUGUGUUUGCGUUGCUCAGCUUGUGCCUUGAACUUGGUAGUGCAAAGUGUGCUGAACAGGAGAACUCUACAAGCCCGCAACAUGCAUGAGGUGAUUGAACUUUUAAAUGUAUGUGAGGAGAUGGCAGGGUCUGCUGGAUUUACAAGGGAGACGUUUGGCUAUUUAGAAGAGACGCCUCCACCACCUUGCUGGGAUUCAGUCACAGAUUCCUUGCUGCUGGUCAAUGAGCGCUAUGAGCAGAUUUGUGAAUUUUACAGUCGAGCAAAGAAGAUGAGCCACAUUCAAAACCUCAACAAACACCUGUUAAAUAACAUGGCAGCUAUCCUGGCCCCAGUUAAGCAAGCAGUGGUAGAGCUCAGUUGUGAGCAGAAGCCUACGCUUCAGUUAGUGCUGCCCAUGUAUGUCCGUUUGGAGAAGCUUUUUACAGCCAAAGCAAAUGAUAUCACUGUUGUAAGUAAACUUUGUCAUUUCUUUCUGGAAGCGUUGAAGGAAAAUUUUAAAGUGGAACGCGCUCACAAAGUGGCAAUGAUCUUAGACCCGCAGCAGAAGCUGAGACCAGUCCCACCUUAUCAGCAUGAGGAAAUUAUCAGCAAAGUGUGUGAGAUGAUUGCAGAAAUUCGAGAAAUAUCAGGAGAGGACAGUGAGGUGGAGCCUUCACCAAAGAAGGCAAGGGGAGUGAGCAAUAAUGGUAAAGCUCAGGGCAAUGAUGAACAGCAAGUGAAAAAUGAAGUGUAUGAAUAUUUGGCAGAACCUCUUUUCCAAGCAACUCCAGAUUUGUUUCACUACUGGUCUUCUGUCACGCAGAAAUAUCCACGAUUAGCCAAACUAGCUUUUUGGCUUUUGUCUGUGCCAGCAGUUGGUGCAAGAAGCGAAUCUGUAAGUAUGUGCGAGCAGGCACUUUCAAUGAAGAAAAAGAGACAAGUGACGCCAGAAGAAAUGAAUAAACUUAUAUUUCUGAAGUCAAACAUGCCUUGAGAAAAGGGAGCGGGCAAAACGAUGAAAAUAAGAAACUGGUCAAAUGUUUAGAGGAGGUGCUAAAUUUGUAUGCACAUGCCAAGGAGAGACACUCCCAAAAGCAAGUUAUACAUUUUUAUCUACAUACGUUGUUGAAGCAAACUUGGUUCGAGUUAGAAGCACGUUUCAACACUCAUGAAAGGGUGGGGAGGUUAGCGUUAUGUGGGCACAGUUUGGUAUUGCUACCAGGAAACAUGUCAUUAGAGUUGACUGUCCUGUCAAAUUGAUGCCAGACUGCUGUUUUUUCUUAAGUGUUUGAAACCAAACUUCUGUUCUGCUUUUGCCCUGUUGAGUGCUUUGUCCGUUUCCUUUUGCUCUAACAACACAUGACGUUGCACUGGUUUCGUUGGUCUCAAAGAAAAAACUUAAACCAGAGCAAUGUUUUCAUAAAGCUGCUACUGGUGGCGCCAUUGAUCUGAAUAUUGGGAAGCCGUAUAAUUCAAUAAUGAAUGAGGAAUACAAGUGAUUUUAGGAGGAAUGCAAGUGAACUUAAUUUGAAAAUGGAAUGAUACAUGACAAGGGGAAGCCACGUACUCACUGUUGUGACAUUUCCUACCUCAGGUAGCCUCGUUCACUGCUACGUUUUCUAGCAGUACUGUAUCCUUUCAGGCUUCUCUUCUCCCUUUACCCCCCCCCCUUCCCCCCCAUACUUGUCACUUUAACAGGUCUUGUACAUUUAUGCCAAGUGUAUAAAAGAACAGUACCACCCCUGCUCCCUCCUUUUCUGUUUCAAUAUUUAAAAAACAAAAAACUUUCAAAAUUACUUAAACGUAAAAAAAUAUUGCUGUGCUUUUCCAUACCCUCACAUCUGAGAAUGACUCAUUCCGAGAUGGUGCAAUCUUGAGACAAGCCAAAAAAAAGUGUGUUCCUUUUAUGUUCCAUUGUUGUAUUCUUUGGACUUCUCAAAAUCAGACAAAGAUUCAGCUAUUAGUGUGAUUUCAUGUUUUAUCGUCUAUUAGGCUUUUUCCUUCUUAUCUGUUUUUUUUUUUUCUCCUGAACUCCAGUUUUAAGGUUGUUUCUGGUAAAAUGUAAGUAGCAGGUUUUCAUUAUUGGGUUGUACUCGACUUCUUUACCAAUAAGUCUUCUGAAGGAUGAACAUGUUACUGACACAAUAUGGUCUUGUCAUAUUUUUGGGUUUGGUUGUUUAGGUUUUAUUUUUCUACAUUACUCAGUAGUGCAUUAUGACAGUUAUUUUUGUUUUUCUGCAUAACAAGAGUUUUGUUUUAGUUUCUACAAAGAACCACAAGUGCGUUGGAAGAUAAUUUAAGGUGAUUGAAGGUGACACUUGAUUGAGCUAAGUAAAUUUAAGCAAUUUAUUCUUAGUUUCAAAGCGUAGUAUGAUUUCCUCAGAACCUAACACCCCAACUUCUACCAUUUUAUGCUUUUGGAACCAUUCGUUGGCAGCUCUAAAUUUGGUGAGCUUGGUCAUCUUCAGGCAAACCCAGCGGAGACUGAAAUUAAAAAUCAUUGAUCAAGCUGCUGACCAUACAGAAUUAGACGAGUUAAGCAGCCAAGAUGUCUUCAAAAUGUUAAUGAUGGAAUUAAUAUAAUGUAGUGGAGUUGAUUACAUUGACAUUUGUAAUGACACAUUCUGAUGUGUCAUUUGUUUUAUUAGGUUCUAAAGUUUAGAAAUUGGGGAUAACUUUUUCUUGCUUGUUAGUGUCUAUAUUUGGCACAGUAAAUAAAAAAAAGAUGAUUAUUGUGAACUGUUACAGAAACAAUCUCACUAGUCAUACAUUUCAAAUUAAUCACUGUUAAAUUUAAAAAAUAUCUACUUUGUGGCUUACUGUUAAAACUCCAACUCUAGAAAAAUUGUUACUCUGUAAAAGAUGUUUUCAAAAAAUAUAAAAAUGUUAUACUGUGGAUUCUGGAGAAAUUUCCAGAGGCCUUAAUCAAAGAAAAUUAAUCCUUGGUGUUCCAUAAGUGGGUUUCCUCGUUAUUCUGUAUUAAUCCACUUGAAAUUGCGCCUCCCCUUGAAUGUAAAAAAGACAUGAAAUACUUUCAUUUUAUCGUUUUAUACAACUAUUGCUCCAUCAAAUGUUACACAUCCAUUCUCCAUAAGUAAAGAGGUUUCAGAAAAUAACAAGCUUUCAUUUGUAUACGUUAACUCCACAAUUUGGCAGCUCUUGGGAGUUAAUCCAGUGUGAUUUUCUUUCAAGUGUUAAUUUGAACUCGGCAUGGUACUAAAUUGUGAUAUGCCUAGAGUGGGCACAUUUUUUUGUGUAAGGUCACCCCAUCAUUUUUUGACCAGUGAUCUUUAUAUGUAAAUUUUAUCGAAACAGCUUUACACUCAAGGGUUGGUGUAGAGGAAAGAUCUAUUUAGCUGUGUUGGGGAAAAUAAAAGCACGGCAUUCUUUGGUGGUCCUCCCAUGACGGUUGAUACUAUAUAUUCAAAACUACACGAAGAAAAGUUACAGAGAAAUGAUAGCUGAUACUGUAUGGCAUUUACCUUUGUGUAUAAUCUUACUGAUUCGUUUUUGUUCCACCUCAGCACAGGGCUUAGUUUAGUAUUUAUUAUGCUGGCAUGCUGAUGCAUAUUUUUCUUUUUGCAGAAUUUGGAAUAAACAAUAUUUAAUUUUCCAGGGGUUUUCUUGUCCAGCUGUCUUCAGAUUUUAUUUAUUUAUUUAUUUUAUUUACACUGUAUUCUAGGAGAAUUGUGUAUUUUCUUAAAGACGAUUGAUCAGUUUAGGGUCCAUGUUAAGUAACAGUGACCAAAUGAGAGGAUAUGGAUUCUUUCUGAAGGCCUUACUUGGCAUAAAUAGGAGCAGCUGUUAUUGUGUUAUUUUAAUACUGUUUCUAUUGCAGUCUUCCUCACUUUUCUGAUUGCUCCAAAAAGAUUCUUAUGAAAACCAUAAUAAUAAAUAAUAUAAGGGAAAGGGUUCAAUUGUUUUUUUUUUUUUUUUUGAUCCAGAUUCUAAAGGCCAGUUUUAAAGCACCUCUGAGUCAACACUGGUAAACAUCAUUAUAUUUUUUUUUUUUUGUAAACAUUAAUAUAUUAUUUUUUACUUACUGUAUAAAGAUUUUAAAAUUUCAGAAGAAUACAUAUAGUACAUUUUUAUUAUCACGGUUGUCAAGGCUAAUUAAAUUAAAAGGCAAGUGUACACCUUAAUUUAUUUAAACAUAUUUAACAAGCUAAACAUGUUUAUAGGCACCUUUUCUGAUAAAAUUUUAUUUCUGCUAAGUAUAAUCGAAGAGCAAAUUUUCAAAACUCCAUUUUGGGCAUGUCCACAAAUGUAUGUUCUUGGAAUAUAUUGCAAUAAUGCAAAACAGGACCAAAACUUCAACAAUACUGUAUGCAGAAGAUAUUUUAAGAGAAUUUCCUUACCUCACAUGGUCCAUUUUGGAGAUCGGAAAAUGAAAUGUACAGAGCGAGACCCAAAAUCUGCAUGUGAACACUGUGCUUGAGAAUGUAUGUAUAUCCUGUUCUAGAAUUGUUAAAAAUUGUGUUAUCAUGUUUAAAUUGCUAAUUUCCAAAACAUACUAAAAAAUGUAUUUUUUGAACAGUGUGCCUGGAGAGCUUUAGAAAUUUGCUUUUCUUCCGUCAUUGUCCCUUUACUGGCUUUUUACACCUCUGCUGCUUUUUAUUUAUUGUCUUCUGCUUUCAGAUAUGCAUGCUCCCUGAAAAGAUUUUGCAGAGAAAUCAAAAAAGUGAAUGUAUGGAUCAGAAAUUCAGGUAGUCGGUAAAGAAGUUAUUGUGGAAAAAAAAAAUAGCACUAUGUUGUUUAAAAAUUACAGCUCAAGACCAGGGUGCUUGCUUGAAUUCAAGGCAACAUUUUAAGACCUGGACCAAAUGAAAUGCCUCCUAUUUACAGCCCUAGUUCUUUGUCGCAGAACGGUGUAAUUUAUAAGCAUUAAGAUGUAGUUCAUGUAGAUGAUGCACAGCUAUGAGAAACAAAGCAGUUGCACUGUCGAGACAUCUGCAGAAUAAGAACAAAAAGCAAGAGUAGCUUAGGGGAUGCAGAUUACAGUCUUAAGACUAACCAUUGCAUUCAUUUGCAUUCUUACUCCAGCUGUUGCAGAGCUCCCUACAUGAGGCAAUGCAGUUCACUCAGAAUCAUUUGGUCUCUGAUAAACAUUUCAGUUAAGAUGGCUAUUCGUUUGAGUGGAAGGCACAAUAUUGUGACCAGACUUGAAUUGCUGCCCAGGAUUCAGUAGAACCCUCGUCAUGACAAAAGAUUGAAUGUGCGAGAUUACAUUUAUUUCUGGGUACAAAUGCAGCACCACUUGCAGUGGCACCGUGAAUCGCACCACUGCCCAGUCUUGACACUUUUUUUUUUUUCUUUACCUGCAAAAAUUACUGAAAUUUGUUCAAAAGACUGGGCAGGGUUUUUUUUUUUUUUUUUUAAGAAAAAUUACGGUCAAAGCAGAGGGUUGAAAAUGAAGUAAAACACCUGAAUGUUUCUGGGCUUGAUACUCCAUGUAGCUGGUGUGAACAGUGAAAUGGAUAGUUGUGGUUUUUUUUCCUCCUGCCAUUUCCAAGUUAAAGACGAGUUAUUAUAUCAUGAAACUUAGAGCAGCUUGCUUGUUUUUAUUAUUAUAUAAAUGUUGAUGCUUGUAGGUAUGGAAGACCUGACUACUGAAAGUGAAAAUGGCCCAGGUUUUAAUAAAUGCAUUUUCCAAUAAUCCGAAAGUGACCCCUGUGGGACAGUUGAACCUUCCUCGCCCAUCCCAUUAUCAUAUCAGUGUGAAAUUAGCAAGUACCAUGUAUGGGUUUGAACUAGAACCUCUGCGUUCUUAGAACAGUAAAGUGUGCCAAAGAGGAAACAAUUGUAAAACAAUGGCCUACCAGGUAUUCACCAGAGUGUAUAAUCUGUAGACUUUGAUUUCAUUUAAAAAAAAAAAAAGUGAUGGUUGUACACAAAUUCAUCUUUGCUUACUGUACAAUAUGUUGUCUGUUUUUAAGGAAGGGGGCACAAUCAAUUAAAAAAAAAAAAAAAAUCCUGCAGUGCUACUAGGUCUGUUACACUUGCUUUAUUGGACUUGGUUGUUCCAUUCACGUUUAUUUUUUGUGAGGGGGCAGCUCCUGUAAGGAACAAAAUGAAAUCCAGCCAGACCAUGAAGUAGGUGACGUUGGGAGGAAGAAAUCCUGAUGCUUUUACCGCUUUGUAGAAAAGCUUAUUUAAGAUAGCUUGAGAAACCAAAUAGGCUAUUUUCUUUUCCAGUUUCAAAAACUAAUGUACAGUAUGUAAGAUUUGUGUGAACCAGAUCUCCACCACUUUAAUGCCAUCAAAGAUAUUGUGGACUUUAUAUACACUUAUUUGUUUAGAAUAAGAGCACUGGUUUGCAUUUGUUCUGUUUGUUUUUAUUAUUAUUUUUUUCCCUGUCAUGUUUUAGAUAUACAGUAGGCAAUACAAAAUUAGAUCUGAUGAACUUCAGUGUGAUCAUCUAGAAACAAAUGAAACACUUUUUAGGGCAGUGUUUUCUACAGGUCUCGACAGAUAUUUUUCUUAUUCCUUUUAAGUUUUCUGUAUUUAAUAUUUCUUAACUAGUAGUUUUAAUUUAUACUUUUGUAGCAACACAAUAUUUUUAUAAAUUGCCAAUGAUAGCAUUAAAUCCAUGUUUCUGAUUGUUCUGGAACUCACAGCGCUGUAUUAUGUAUUGAAUGAAUAUUAUCUAACGUAGUUUGUGCUGUGUUAAUAAACUAGAUGAGAACAGUU